AUGGGCUCUCUCCCCGCUCCCCCGGCCAAGGCCGAGUACCAGAUCUUGGAGAAGCCGAGCCGCAGUGGCCGGAAGCUUCGCAUCGUGUGUCUCGGUGGCGGCGCCAGCGCCCUCAACCUUGCGCACGAGAUUGAUACUUGCAAGACACUCGACCUCGAGCUUGUAUGUUACGAGAAGAACCCGUCCAUCGGCGGCACUUGGUAUGAGAAUCGGUACCCGGGUUGCGGAUGUGAUAUCCCGUCGGUCAACUAUCAAUUCUCAUGGGCGCCGUCGCCCGACUGGACCCAAUUCUACUCGAGUGCUCCGGAGAUUCUGCAAUAUUUCAAAAAUGUAGCAGAGAAAUAUGACUUGAACAAAUACAUUCGCCUCAAUCACAAGGUCGUGGGCGCCUUUUGGGACGAGCACGACCAGAUGUGGACCAUCAAGAUCGAGAAGCAAGACGGCACCAUCAUUGAGGAUAAAGCACACGUCUUUGUGAAUGCCAGUGGCGUGUUGAACAAGUGGAAAUGGCCGGCCAUCAAAGGCAGAGAAACCUUCAAGGGAACCAUGCUCCACAGCGCCAACUGGGACAACAGCAUUGAUCUGAAGGGAAAACGCGUCGGAGUCAUUGGAUCCGGCUCUUCAGCGGUUCAAAUCGUUCCUAACAUCCAACCUAUUGUUGGGACCUUGACAUCUUUCAUCCGCAGCUCAUCAUGGGUUGUCGGUGGCUUCGGUCAGAGAUUUGCUGGAAAGAACGGUGGCAAUUUCAAAUACAGCGAAAAACAACAUGAAAUUUUCCGGAACGACCCAAAGAAAUACCUUGCGUACAGAAAAAAGAUAGAGUCCGAGCUAAACUCUCGUUUCCGCUUCAUUCUUAACGGAUCUAAAGAGCAACAAGACGCUAGAAACUUCGCAGAAAAGGACAUGCUUUCCAAGCUUGAAGGCAGACCGGACCUUGCAGACCUCAUAAUUCCCAAAGACUUUGCGGUCGGCUGUCGGAGACCAACACCCGGCAAUGGAUAUCUCGAAGCACUCUGCAAAGACAACGUGAAUGUGGUGUCAUCAAACAUUCAAGAGAUCACACCCAAGGGGAUCAAGACAUCAGAUGGCAAAGAGCAUGAGUUUGACAUAAUUGUCUGCGCCACGGGCUUCGACGUUAGCUGGCGCCCACACUAUCCUACCAUUGGCCGAAACGGCGUCAGCCUCAGCGAAUAUUGGAAAGAAACCCCCAACACAUAUCUGUCCAUGACUGUGGCCAACAUGCCCAACUACAUCAUCUUCAACGGCCCAUUCGGCCCGUACGGUCACGGAAGCUUCCUUCCCAUCACUGAAACCGUGGCCAGAUACGUGAUGCAGAUGCUGCACAAGAUGUCUGAAGAAGAAAUUGCAUCUUUUUGCCCAAAGCAGGAGGCUGUAAACGACUUCGUUGAACACCGCCGAAAGUUUCUUCCGCGCACUGCGUGGACUUCCCCGUGCCGAUCAUGGUUCAAGCAGGGCACGGUGGAUGGCGAGCCCAUGAUGUGGCCCGGAUCCCGCAUCCAGUUUUUCGAGACCAUCGGGACACCUCGGUGGGAGGACUACGAGCUCAAGUACACGACGACAAACAGGUUCGGAUACUGGGGUAACGGUUUCGCGGUCCGCGAGAGUGAUGGAAGGGAUUUGUCUUGGUAUUUGGGUCUCCUCGAUGGCGUCGACGAACAGCCUGCGCUACCUGACGAAGAUUUUGAAGAUUUCAUCAUGAAUAAAUAG